GUGAAUUACUAUGUAAAGGCUAAUAUCCAGGCAACAGCUAUUACUGAUUCUGCAAAUCUACAGGAAAGUUGCACAAGAAUAAAUAUAUGUGCAGAACAGCCAAUUGAAAACAUGAAUAAUGAUUUGGAGACAUUGAUUACUUCUCCAGAAAAAAAGCUGCAGACAAAUUGGACGGAACAGAGAUAAUAAUUGUACGUAAAGCUUUUUGUAUACUGCAUGGUAUUUGAAAUAUUAUGUUACUAGUACAAAUAUAUAUUUUAUAAUGCUGGCAUUUCUACCCUGCUAGAUUCAAUUGGCGAGGAAAUUUUCAUCAGGGAGAUGACUAAAGUUCGAUUAACCAUGGAGGGCCUUGAGGAGCAAGUGAAGGAAAUGAUGUUGAGAAUGGAUUCCUUCCAGUCUCCUAAGGCUGUCAUGAGUAGUGACAUGGGCCAAAUCAAGGAAAUUUUAAACAAGUUUCCUCUGUGCUCAAUGGACGAACUUCGAGAAGUGGAGGAUAGUCUAAGAAACAACAAGGAUGUGAAAACACAACUGAUUUUGUAUUUGGCUAGGACAGGUGGAAAAUGUGCUAAAUCUGUCACAGUACAAUUGAUUAAAUUGAUAUUUGAUGAUGGCCUGGCUAGGAGAGUUCAGCUGGGCAGGGGGUAAAGGAAAGCACAAGUAUUGCGAGCUUGUGCUGUGCGAUAUCAUCAAUGAAACUGUUCUAAAGAACUUACCUAAUGAAACCAAGUUUGCCAUCUCAGAGGCUACAAAAAGCUGGCUGAGGCAUGCCAGUGAAUGGUAUACAAGG